AUCACUAAUGUAAAUUUUAACCGUAUCUGUCACGUGAGGAAAUGUAUUUAGAAGUCAAUUCUGGUAGACGAGAUUAAAAAAAAUAUUAAAUCUUACGAAAAACUAAGGAUAAUUAAGCUUGAAGGUCCUACAUUCUUUUUCAGUUCGAUUUCAGAGGAGUCAGAGGGGAAAGUAUGUCUGCAGAGUGGGAUGAACAGCAGGCCUAUGAGGAGCUGCUGUACUGGGACGGACUGAUCCAACGAGGCCACCGUCUCCUUCUGGAGGACUUUGACAGGUACGAGGAGCUGCGCUACUGGUACGACUGUCUGUGCUACGAGGAGGAGCUGAGACAGUACCAUGAGUACAUCGCUGCUGUUCAAGACUUGGAGGAAAGACACCAUCUUCAGGAGGUGGUGGGUCCUCCAAAAAAAAGCGGGCCUCUGAAUCGUAUGGUGAUGACCAAGCAUGCUGAAGUGUAUCCUUCAGCAGAGGAGCUGCAGGGCGUGCAGAUGAUCAUUUCCCAUGUGGAGCAUGCCUUUAAAGCAGUGUCAGAGCAGAUUGAUGGUGGGAGUGCCAGAGGUGAAGACCGUGUUCUGCGUGGCCUGAUGAGGGUUGGUCUGGUUGCCAAAGGACUCAUUCUAAAAGGAGACAAAGAUCUGCAGCUAGUGUUGCUUUGUUCCACCUGGCCUACAAUCACUUUAUUUAAUCAAGUGACUGACAUUUUAACCAAGCAGCUAGAGGUAAUUUCAGCUGGAACAUACACUGUAAGCCCAUCUCCAGAGGAGGCAGCCAUUGUGGUAAAAAGUAACAAGGAGCCACACCUGACUGUUUCUGUCAAGCUGACAUCACCUCUUGUUCGGAAUGAGGAGAAGAAUGACACUACGGAGGGGGGAGAAACGCAAACUGUCAGCGCUCCGCCGGACGUUCUGGACAGGCAGAAAUGUCUAACUGCCUUGGCGUCUCUCCGCCACGCCAAGUGGUUCCAGGCUAAAGUCAGCAAUCUGAGUUCUGCUGUCAUUGUGAUCCGGAUAAUGAGGGAUUUGUGUAAACGUGUUCCUGAUUGGUCGCCCCUCUCAGAAUGGUCUCUUGAACUUCUGGUAGAGAAAGCUAUCAGCACAUGUGAGCGGCCAAUGGCAGUAGGCGAAUCCUUCCGCAGAGUUUUAGAGUGCUUUGCUUCUGGAAUCCUCCUGGAAGACGGCCCAGGCAUAAGGGACCCAUGUGAAAAGGAAGACUUUGAUGCCACUGCUGAUCUGACUGUGCAGCAGCGUGAAGACAUCACAAAGAGUGCUCAGUUUGCCUUGAGGCUGUGUGCCUUUGGACAGAUGCACAAAGUGCUGGGGAUGGACAACAAACUACAAAAAUCCCAGAAAUAUUUGAAAUACUGCCGCAAAGGAAGUACAGUUAAGAGACCUUAUUCAGCAGUGGAGGACGAACAGGAUGACCCCAAACCAGAAAGCAAAGAGAGGAAGUUUGAAAAUGUUUUCCCAGCUAAACACUUCGAUCCCAACAUAAAUCCUGUGAUGCGUCUAAACCAGUACCAGCCUCGCCUGGAGUACCACCUUGUCUCGCAAACUGGUCCGGUCCACGAGCCGGUGUUCACCAUGUCCGUGGAAGUGAAGGGAAAAACCUACGAGGCAUCUGGACCUUCCAAACGAGCUGCCAAGCUAAAUGUUGCCAUCAAGGCCCUGAAAGAUCUUGGUCUUCCAACAGGCCUGGAGUCCAAGUCAGAGUCGAGUGGCGAUUCUGAUUCUCAAAAAGCCGACACAGCUGGAGCCUCUACUACCGCAGAGGAGGUUGGUCAGGGUCCCCUUCUAACUAAGAAUGGGAAGAAUCCUGUGAUGGAGCUCAAUGAGAAGCGCCGCAGCCUGAAGUAUGUGGUGCUUAAAGAAACUGGGAGGUCCAGCGCCAAGUCCUUCGUCAUGCAGGUGGAAGUUGACGGGCAGAAGUUUCAAGGAACAGGCUCCAAUAAAAAGGAAGCGAAGGCUCAUGCCGCCCUCGCUGCUCUGGAAAAGUUAUUCCCAGACGAUGACGGAGCUUCAACCGGCAACCGAAUGCCAGCAAAGAAGAAGGUCGUAUACACCGACAUGCACAUCCCAGGAUUUGGCACAAUCCGUGGUAUUCCGUCAGACACCGGAUCACGUGGCUGGGGUCCUAACAGAGGGGGCCACGGCAGGGGCCGGGGACGAGGCCAGGGCCAGCCUUUUGCAGCAGGAGCCAGUUAUAACAAAACCAACUACAGCUAUGAGAGCAGCUCUGGCACAGGCUACCAUAAACUGUACAGUCCUGCCUGCAGCGCAAGUCAAAACACAGACAUGGCAGGAUUGGACGGCACCGGCUACGGUACCUUUUACCCAGAAAGCAGCUCCACCUACUCCUCCCCACCAGCAUCCAACUUCAGCAGCACAAAGGGACAGAGCUACCACUCCAUGCCUCCUCCUGUUGACCAGCAGAGCCCAUACAGCUAUGGGUACGGAGAGGAAAAGAAGAAAAUGCUGACCCAAAGCACUCCUGUGGGUCAGGGAGGAAACUCCUCUGGCUACAGCACAGCCUAUCCCAGUUCUGUUACAGGAGGACAUUCAUACAAUAACUAUGGUUGGGGAAACCAGCAAGGAUUCGGCACAAACCAGAACUAUGGAGGCCAGAACCAGGGCUCUUACUCUGGAUACGACAUGUAUUACUGAAGUGAUGAUAACGCUAAAAAGUCUGGCUACAGCGAAGAUAAUCCAGAGAAAACAGUUGUGAUAUUCUAAUUCUGUUUCCUUUUAUCACUUGACAUGUGCUUUUUUUUAUUUUUUAUAGAUGGUUGUAAAAAUGUUCCUUUUGUUUGUAUGUUUAACUCAUCAAAUAGAAACUGCUUUUGUUCUAGUUCAUUAGGUUGUGAUUCUGAUUUAAAAGUUUGAUGGCUUGAAUAAAGACGCUCUUACCUUGUUCUAGGAAA